GCGGGUGGGGUCUCCCUGCUGGGUGAGGGGCCCGGGUGCGCGGCGGCGGGCGGCAGAGGCGGCGUCAUGUCCUCGGAGGUGGCCGCGCGCCGCGACGCCAAGAAGUUGGUGCGCUCCCCCAGCGGUCUGCGCAUGGUGCCCGAGCACCGCGCCUUCAGCAGCCCCUUCGGCCUGGAGGAGCCGCAGUGGGUCCCGGACAAGGAGUGUCCGAGGUGCAUGCAGUGUGACACCAAGUUUGACUUCAUCACCAGGAAGCACCACUGCCGCCGCUGCGGGAGGUGCUUCUGCGACAGGUGCUGCAGCCAGAAGGUGCCCCUGCCGCGCAUGUGCUUCGUGGACCCCGUGCGGCAGUGUGCCGGGUGCGCCCUGGUGUCGCGCAAGGAGGCGGAGUUCUACGGCAAGCAGCUCGGGGUGCUGGUGACCGGAGCCACCUUCCUUGUAACUGUGGGAAAAUCGGAGAGCGCUGAAGCAAUGGUCUGUCGUCUCUCCAGCAAUCAGAGAUACUUGGUUCUGGAUGGAGACAGCCACCACGAAGUUGAAAUUGCACGUAUUUCAACCGUGCAGAUUCUCACCGAAGGCCUCCCCCCUGGAGAAAAAGACACGCACACUUACACCAGCCUCCUGGAGAGCCUGCCCGAUGCGGAAGGAGGGAGCCCGCGGGCCGCAGGUAUGCUGCUGCAGUACACGGUGCCAGGGGCGGAGGGCGUGGCCCAGCUGAAGCUGACGGCUGGGGAAGACGCCACUGCCAGCAAGAGGCAGGCAGCAGCGUGGCUGGUGGCCAUGCACAAGGCCGCCAAGCUCCUCUACGAGUCACGGGACCAGUAGCUCCGUGGGUGAGCCGGUGGUGACCCGGGAGGACCGGCCGAUACGGGCAGCCACUGGGUGCAGGCACCACCUGUGCUGGGAGCCGCGGGUGUGGGCUCAACUAGUGCAAUACGCACGGCUUAGCGACGCUGUGAGCUGCUUCACAUUCUAGAAUCUGUGUUCCCUUGUGGGCCUUGCUCGGGGGUGGGAGACCGAGUGACACUACUGCCAACUGUCUGCAGCAUAAUCGACACCGUAUUUCUAUGAGUCCCCAGGUUUACUAGAAGGUUCUGACCCAUCAGCAAUCGUUUCAUUGAUUCUUGGGUAGCGAUGAUGUGGCUCUGUGCUUUGUCCUGGGGUCUGUUCAGUUUUUAACAUGCGGGUUUACAAAAUUUGCCCUUGCCUGGUUCUAGACUGUCCGUUUAUUCUGUCACUAAUCGCGGGUCAGGAACAAACUUUUGAUACUUCACUAAGGGAGGGGAGCCAGCUUUGCGUUUUGUACUUUUCACUUAGUAUUUCUCUUUAUUAAAAUGACUGUACAGCAAUUUGUAUAUAAAGCUUAUAAUUAAAACCUAUUUUGAAAAUACAGA